GCAUAAUGAAAGUCCAAAAUUCAUUUGAAGAAGCGAUUCGCUUAAUAGAAAAUGAGUCUCCACAAAAUGAGGAAAAACCUUCAGCCAAAAAUAAGUUUCGUCUCAGACCUAGUGAAGAAUUAGCACUUCUAAUUGCAGAUUACCUCAAUCCUCCACCACCUCGUGGCACCAAAAUUAACCUAUCUAGAUCGUUUUUGGGCUCAGAAAGAUGUACAUUUUUGGGGAGAAAGCUUAAUCUGAGCAGAACUGUAACCUUUCUUGAUAUUUCGAUGUGCGACAUACAAGAAGAUGCAGCCGAGAGAUUCUUCUCUUUAAUCAAACAUAACGCUGUUCUUCGCCACGUGAAUAUUAAUUGCAAUGCCAUUGGUGAUAAGGGAGCCGUUGCUGCUGCCGAAUGUUUUGCUCAUCUUGAAACCCUUCACGCAUCUUCGAACGGUAUCACAGACUGUGGGGCUUCUCAAAUCGCUGAAGCACUUGUGUCCUCCACCACUAUGAAGACUCUGAAUCUCCGGUGCAAUAAAAUUACCAAGGUAGGAAUGACCAAACUGAUGCAAGCAUUAGAUCCAUCCUAUAUGAUAGACACCGAAAAUACUUUGACACAAAAUAAUCAGGAUGAAGCUUCUCAAUCGGAUGUUAGCCAAUCGAAGCCCGUAGCACAGGAUAGCAAUCUUGCAAAUUCUUCUAUUUACACACUUUGGAUAGACGGAAAUGAAGGCGCAACCACUGAUUUGGUUCGCUCUUUGGCUAUUUUACUUUCCUGUCGUUUUCCGCAACCUCCAUCUUUCUUGAAAAAUAUCAAGAAAUCAAAAGGUAAGAAAAAAAUGUAA